AACUAAAAUCAGCUGUAGAAGGUGGUUGCUGGUGGAUUUUAACUGGCUGGUUCAUUUACGUGCAAAGUUACAUCACUAAAAACCAUUCUGUGCAGUUUUAGUGAUAAAAAGGGAUUCGAAAUCGAAGGAUAAAAGGUAUCUUCGCGAGAAAAAGAGAAAGUAGAAAACAGCACGGUCCAUCGCUGGAUAGAUGUACACCACGGAUUUGGAGCAAAUUUGCCGCAGCAUCCUAUCUACCGACGAAAACUACGAUUAAAGUGAACGAAAUGAUGUCUUCCUUGGUCCGUUUCCCUCGAAUCGCUUCUGCGUUUGGGCAAAGAGCACCGGUGAAGCUGGUGAACAUCGGGAAAUGCAGCAGAUCGCUGAGCCUUUACUGUGGCAGUAGGCAAGGGCCGUGGCUACAUCGAGUUACCGCAGUUCGAUUUCCAUACGAAACACCGACACGAAGUCUCUCGAUCAGCCGAUCAUUAUACUUUUUAGGGAAAAAAGCUUCAAAUGAGAAUGCGCCAACAAACGCGCCCUCAGAGCAGGUGGGGGCCACAACUGAUGCUCCGGAGAAACUUGGACUUUUUGCGCGCUUCAAAAAGAUGUACAAGGAAUACUGGUACGUUCUGGUACCCGUACAUUGCCUCACGUCGGUUGUGUGGUUCGGCAGCUUCUACUAUGCCUCCACCAGUGGAGUGGACGUAAUCGCAAUUCUUGAAUCGCUCGGUGUUUCCGAGACACUCAUCAAUCCGGUGCGAGAUUCCAGUCUCGGGCAUAUAGCCAUCGCGUACUUAUUGUAUAAAAUAGCCACUCCAGCCAGAUACACGGUCACGUUAGGUGGAACUACGCUAUCGAUCAAGUAUUUGGAGCAGUGGGGGUACAUCAAGCCCAUGCCCUCGAAGGCACAGCUAGUGCAAAUGUACAAGGACAAAAAAGAGAAUAUCCAGGAGAAGAUCGCCGAAAAGAAGCAAGACUUCCAAGACCGCAAACAGCAGCUGACGGAUAAGAAAAACACUCUGUUGAGUGAUCUUAAAACGAAAAAUGAAACAAAGCCGCCACCAGCAUCGCCCAGCGGCGUUACAGAAAACAAAUAGCACUAAAAGAGAAAGUUGCCGUGUUUAACGUUAUGGCCCCUGGGGUUUUUGUGGAUAGGUACAACGAUUCAGUUGUGAUGGAAGUUUGCUUCAUUUAAAUAAAAGGUGCUAUUGUAAUAUGUUA